AUGGCCAGAACCAAGCAGACUGCAGCAGUUAUGAGAGCAAGAUUGCAGAGUGCUGCGGCGCGCAAGAGCACGGGUGGAAUGGCUCCACGGGGUCUAUCCAGUGUUAUCAAAUCCAUGCCGGAUGAGACCGCACGAGAGCUUGAAUACCUUCAUCGGAUGCGUGAUCUGCGCGAUGCUACCAAGCUCGUCAUGAUUGUUUGUGGUCUGGAGGAUCGUAAGAUGAAGAAGGAUCGUUGA